AUGAGUUAUUACCAUUUAUGGAACAAUAUUUUAAUCUGCUUAUCGACUUCAACAAAGGCUUAUGACUCGAAAAUAAGCUGUAAAGUUUCCGUCAAUGAAGAAUAUGGAAAAACUUGUCGUUUGGAAAAUGUAAAUCUAAAGGCAAUGAGUGCAAAGAUGAAGAUAGACUUAAAAUCCAUUAAAUAUGUCUAUUUCGAGAAUUCUAAAAUCGAAAACUUAACAGAAGAGUUUGUGAAUCAAUUGAAGGGAGUUGAAUAUUUUAAUUUGAAUAAUGUGGAACUUGAAGGUGUUGACGGAAGUGUUUUAAGUCAUUUAAGUGAAAUGUUAGUAUUUUGGGGAGGUCAAAAUAACCUUAAGGUUUUAGAGGCAAAUACUUUCAAUGGAAACAAACGAUUAGAAGCAAUCUAUCUGCAGUUUAAUAAAAUUAAUUUUAUUCAUGAAUCUGCGUUUGAUGAUCUAACAAAUCUUUACGUUUUAUAUCUUUCAUCAAACAAACUUACGACGCUAGGAAGAGUGUUUGAUUCUCUAAGCAACUUAGUAAAGCUUGAUUUAUCUCAAAAUAAUAUUGAAAGUUUAGAUAAAACUAUUUUUAAGAAUUUAGAAAAUUUAAGAGAAUUGAACUUGAUGAAGAAUAAUUUGAAGUCUCUCGAUUCGGAGUUAUUUCAUCCCUUAAGAAGUCUUCAAUUUAUAAACAUAUCAUUUAAUAAAUCACCAAUUGAAACGAUAAAAGGUGAUCUUUUUGAACAUAACUUUCAUUUGCAACAAAUAUUUUUAAUUAAGAAUCAAAUUCAAUCAAUUGACCGUCGUUUCUUAACACAUUCCAAGCCAAUGCUUGAAAUUAUUUCAUUGCGUUUAAAUUCUUGUAUCGAUAAUGAUUUCUUGAUGAUAACUUCUGUUGAGAAUGGAAACAUUUCUAAAGGAGAAGCUGAAAAACUGAAACAAUGUUAUGUGAAUUUUUAUGAAAAUGUUUAUUGA